UCCAUUUCUUUCCUUCCAAGCCUCGUGCCUCUUCCUGUUUAUAGCAUAGCAUAGUAGCAUACUCGACCCCGGUCUCUCUCUCUCUCUCUCUCUCUCUCUCUCUCUUGUGCUUUUGCUCUCGCUCUCGCCAUUGACGCGCUGGUUACAACGAAGAUGAAGCUCGACGCUACCGCGCUCGACUCCUCCGCCGCGCUGAUCCCCUCCUCCGCCGCGCUGAUCCCCUCCGUCGGCGGCGACGGCGUAUUCGCCGCCCCCUCCUUCGAUCUCCCAUCCUGCGACGACUUCGAUGGGUUUCAAAAGAACGCGAAGGAGACGCUGAAGCACGCGAAGGGGACGACGACGCUCGCCUUCAUCUUCAAGGAGGGCGUCAUCGUCGCGGCGGAUUCUAGGGCUAGCAUGGGAGGAUACAUAUCCUCUCAAAGCGUGAAGAAAAUCAUUGAGAUCAAUCCUUACAUGCUUGGAACAAUGGCUGGAGGAGCUGCUGAUUGCCAAUUUUGGCAUCGGAACUUGGGAAUCAAGUGCCGUCUACAUGAACUGGCGAACAAGCGAAGGAUCUCAGUUACAGGCGCUUCAAAGCUGUUGGCAAAUAUUCUCUUUUCAUAUCGAGGGAUGGGCCUCUCAAUUGGUACCAUGAUUGCUGGAUGGGAUGAAAAGGGACCUGGUUUAUAUUACGUGGACAGUGAAGGAGGGAGGCUCAAGGGGAACAGGUUUUCUGUAGGGUCUGGAUCCCCAUAUGCUUAUGGUGUCCUGGAUAAUGGCUACCGCUUCGACAUGUCAGUCGAGGAAGCUGCUGAGCUGGCACGUAGGGCUAUUUAUCACGCCACAUUCCGUGAUGGAGCAAGUGGUGGUGUUGUUAGUGUUUAUCAUGUUGGACCUGAUGGGUGGAAGAAGCUGUCGGGAGAUGAUGUUGGUGAGCUGCACUACAAGUAUUACCCUGUUCAAACUACCCCUGUUGAGCAGGAAAUGGCAGAGGCUCCGGCAGCUUGAGGCCUCGACAUUAUCGUCACAACUUUUCAAACAACAUUUCUUUUUCUUUCCUUUUUUUUCACUUCCUCAGCUUAUCCAGUGGAUGUAAACGCUCUCGCGAAGCACCUGCUACUUUUUUAGAAGCACUUGAACUGCACAUUUUAGCUUUGCACAGUAGUGGCUGUGCUCUGUACUUCUGGAAUAUGAUUGGUCAUCACUUGGCAUGCAGUAUUUUUUCAGUUUUAAGCAGAGAUUUUUAUCCAG